UGGGUGCCUUCCAUUUUUUAAUUCCGUGCUAUACUUAAUUAUUUCCCGUUUACAUUAAUUGAAUAGACCACCCUUCCCCUUUAAACCCUAUAAAAGCCCUACACCUCACCUUUAUUCCCUCCAUCCCCGCACAAAUAAUACAGCACUAGCUUCAAUUCUCACUUCUCUUCAACUAGCUAGUACGUAUUUGUGUUAGUUAAGACAUGGCCAGGAGCUCUGCUUCAGUUCCUCUCUUCCUCAUCCUCAACAUCCUCUUCUGUGCCCUUGUCUCAGGCUGUGGCACCUGCCCAGGUCCAAACAAGCCCACGCCAAAGCCGUCUCCGAGCUCCGGCUCGGGAUCGGGAUCGGGAUCAGGCUCAGGUUCGGGCAAGUGCCCUAAUGAUGCCCUAAAACUGGGUGUGUGUGCCGAUGUGCUCAAUGGAUUGAUCCAUGCUGUGGUGGGCAGCCCACCCGUAACUCCAUGCUGCAGUCUCCUUAAGGGCCUUGUUGAUCUUGAGGCAGCUGUUUGCCUUUGCACUGCCAUUAAGGCAAACAUUUUGGGCAUCAACCUGAAUGUUCCUGUCUCGCUGAGCUUGCUUCUCAACGUCUGUGGGAAGAAGACCCCUUCUGGAUUCAAAUGCGCUUGAAGUUUAUAUAAUUAAUUAAGCUUGCUUAAUUUGAGAGCUACAACUAUUUAUUUGAAGCGCGUGUGUCGUUAUUAUGUAAGUGGCAACAAAUUGUUUCCUGUUUUACGUAAGGUGAUAUUGGUUUGAUUUGGCAAGUGGGAUAUUAUUGAAUAAGUUAUUUUUCCUUUUGCAAAACGAAGGGAUCACCUCUUAGUGAUGUUUACUUAGUUAAUAUAAUUUUUAUUGGAAAUUAAAA